AUGGACAGCAGAAACUCCCCUGUGGACAACUUGGUGUUGCCCUUGACAAAGUUCUCAGGAGGGGAAGUGUGGCUGAAGGAUGAAGAUGGCACAGUGCCACAGAGCUUGGAGCAGGUUGAGGUAAUGGGGAAGGCCGCAUCGAUACCCACCGACAAACUCAUCUUCAAUGCCAAGGAGACUCUGCGCUGCACCUUGCCAUGGACGGGACGGAGACUCGUCGCUGAGCUGUCUUUGGUUGGGGGGAGCUCGGACUCGGAUUGUGCUUCACCCAGGACCAAUGUGGGCGAACCGUUGGACGAGAGCUCAUUCGAGGCCAUUAGGGACAACUACACAAGCGCCAAGCUUACCGUGCAAGAGUUGGAGUUGAAGUUUCGUGAGGAAGAGAAGCUCGGGAGGAUGUAUCCAACUACUUUCGCAACCCUUGCAGCCGAGCAUGGCGAGGGUCGCGUCAGGGUCGCGGCAAUGGGCGCCGUGGCAAAGCCCGAUGGCACUGUCCGCCCGCUUCACGACGGAACACAUGGCGUGCGGGUGAACAACGGCAUCCAUCUUGUUAACCAGACGGCCACUCCAGGUCCGGCCGAAGUUGCGCAUGUCGUCAGUUCAGCCAAACGUUCACGCGAGGCGGCAUUCGGCAUUUCUGCGGAUGUCACGGCCGCUCAUCGGCUGGUCAAGCACAGGCGCAAGGAUCAUCCGUUGAUGGCAUGCAAAGCCGAUGCUUCGAGCUCGGUCGUUUGGGUCAAUACCGUGGGCACUUUCGGCUUGAGUGUCGCUUCGUUUUGGUGGAGCCGCUUGUUUGGGAUUGUAGGGCGCACUGUGGCGAGAGCUCUCCUUCAGGAGUGGUUCUACCAGCUCUGCUACGUUGAUGACAUGCACGGUGUCUUCACGGGACGGCAGAAGUUCCGCAACCUAGUAAUGUGGUUCGUCUUGUACCUUGCUUUGGGAACGCCAUUUUCUUUUAAGAAGUUUAAAGGUGGCUUUAAGGUUCCUUUUGUAGGAUAUGAGCUUGGCUACGCGGCUACAGUUGCAUGGUUUCGAACGGACGCUAAGUGCUCCGACGGCUUUGUGGUGAUUGCCGGGUGGGAAUUGAGUGAUGACACCUUCUCAUCCAGAUGGUUCUCCCUACGCUUGUCACCAAAGGACGCACCUUACUUGUUUGACGAGAAAGAAAAGUCGCAAUGGGCAUCGGGCUCCGCGGAGCUCCUCGCAACUUUGGCGGCGCUGCACGCAUUCGGCUACCUGUCCGCAUCGGUCGACAGGACCUUGCUUGACAUCGAGUGCGUUGCAGAUACAGACAAUCAGGGCAACUCCAGGCUGCUGAAGAAAGGGUCAUCCACGAAAUGGCCGCUCAUGCUCGUGAACAUGCAACUGUCAGAUUUGCUGCUUCGUGCAUCGCUCAAAUUACUCUUGAACUGGAGACCACGCAGCGAGAAUCAACAUGCUGACGAUUUGACGAACGAAGUGUUCACCAGCUUUUCUUCAGAGCACCGCAUCGAUCUUAGGUACGCUGAUCUGCCACUUGCUCUCUUGCAUCAGUUGUGGGAGACAAAGGAGAGUUUUGACGAGGCGCGAAGGGCUCAGGCCGCGCUUGCAGCAGAUGCCUCGGGGCAUUCACUCAGGAAGCGGAAGGCGGAGAAGACACCUUGGUAG